CUUUGUGAUCGAGAAGAAAAAUGGAGAAGCGGGAGGCCGAUCAGUCGCAGGGACAAAACAAGGAGAUCAGGAAAAGCGAAAGGGAAAAGGAGAGAUCAGAGGAAAUUCCGUUGGAGAGCAGUCCGUACGUGAAUUAUGAAGACUUGGAAGAUUACAAAAAUCAAGCCUACGGAACACAAGGCCAUCUUCAGCCCAAGCCCGGCCGUGGCGGAGGCGGUGGCCCAACCGACGCCCCCACUCUCUCCGGCGACGCCGCCGCGACACGUCGGUGAUUAACCGCCAAGGAGUACCCUGAGAAGACAUUCGCUGGCGCUUUCUUUGGCCGUUCUGUUUUAUUAAGGAAUAUUUGUUUUGCUGUAGGCUGAGUCUUGUUAAUGUGUAACCUUACAAUGGGUAAGGUAAUGAAUGAAAACAGUUGGAAUAAUCGGAAUGGUAUUAUUAAAAAAUUGAUGACACUUACUAAAUAAUGAAGAGCAAUAUGUCGGUGUGCAUUAUAUCCU